UGUGCGCCAGAUAAAAAGAUGGCGGAUCACUCGGGUGAGAUCACUGAGGGCUGUCGACUGCCUGUGCUGCGAAAAAAUCAAGAAAAUGAAGACGAAUGGCCUUUGGCUGAAAUUCUCAGUGUUAAAGACAUCCCAGGGAGAAAGCUUUACUAUGUCCACUAUAUUGACUUCAAUAAGCGCUUGGACGAGUGGGUUACUCCAGACCGACUGGACAUGAAAAAGCUCCAGUUUCCCAAGAAGGAGGCGAAGACUCCCUUGAAAAAUGGCCUGCCUGGGUCUCGGCCGAGCUCCCCAGAAAGAGAUGUGAAGAAGAGUCUAGAUCUCCACGGUCAGUCUGCUUCAGCUCCUUCAAGAGGAAAAACCCUCCCCACACCGAAAAGGAAAGCAGAGUCAGUCUCUUUGGCAACACAAGUGACCGCAGCGACCCCAGUGCCUUCACUUCCUGGUUCUGCAGAGGCGAGUCAGGCCUCUGUAUAUCCAACAAUUAGAGAUUCCCCUUUCAGCAUUAAAUCCAGAGAGGAGCAUGAACCACUCACUUCUCUAACCACAAAUGGCACAAUGUCCAUUCAGCGUCAUCUCAUUCCUCCUCUGCCUGGGAGAAAAAGAAAAAAUUGUGGAGGGACAGAUGAGAUGGUAAAGGUGUUCCAGAAUAACAGUCCCCGCUGCUCCACCGUCUAUUUGCUGCCAGGAGAGGACUCUCAGGACAGUUCAGAUGGAAUCCCAUCUGCCCCGCGCAUGACCGGUAGUUUGGUGUCUGACCGCAGUCAUGAUGACAUUGUGACACGAAUGAAGAACAUAAACUGUAUAGAGCUGGGCCGGCACAGGCUGAAGCCUUGGUACUUCUCCCCAUACUCACAGGAGCUCACCUCUCUGCCCAUUCUCUACCUCUGUGAAUUCUGUCUCAAAUACCUCAAGAGCCUCAAAUGUCUUCAAAGACACCUGACAAAAUGCAACCUUCGGCAUCCUCCAGGAAAUGAGAUCUACCGCAAAGGAACCAUCUCCUUUUUUGAAAUAGAUGGCAGGAAAAACAAGGCAUAUUCCCAAAAUUUGUGUCUAUUGGCCAAAUGCUUCCUGGACCACAAGACCCUGUACUACGACACGGAUCCUUUCCUCUUCUAUGUUAUGACGGAGUAUGACUCAAAGGGUUUCCAUAUAGUUGGCUACUUCUCAAAGGAGAAAGAAUCAACAGAAGACUAUAAUGUAGCCUGUAUUCUGACGUUACCACCUUAUCAGAGAAGAGGCUAUGGAAAACUACUAAUUGAGUUCAGUUAUGAGCUCUCAAAGGUGGAAGGAAAGACAGGUACCCCAGAGAAACCUCUGUCUGAUUUGGGCCUGCUCUCCUACCGCUCAUACUGGUCCCAGACCAUUCUGGAGAUACUCAUGGACCUCAAAUCAGAGAAUGGAGAACGGCCACAGAUCACCAUCAAUGAAAUAAGUGAGAUCACGAGUGUCAAGAAAGAGGACGUGAUAUCAACUCUUCAAUACCUCAACCUCAUAAAUUAUUAUAAGGGUCAGUAUAUCCUCACCUUGUCCGAGGACAUAGUGGAAGGUCACGAGCGUGCCAUGCAGAAACGCCACCUCCGCAUUGAUCCUAAAUGCUUGCAUUUUACUCCUAAAGACUGGAGCAAGAGGGGGAAGUGGUGAAGUACAGAGAGAGCAGGGCCACUAGCUCAUAGAUACAGACACAAAGGAAUUCAAACCAACAUAAAUACUGUAAAUAAACUUGUAUUUAUGUACUUUCAUGGUUUUUAUAAGUACUUCUCUACAAAUAUGGAGUCAUUUAAAAAAUGUAACUGAAUGUGAUAAUGUGUAAAUAAACAGUCUGUUUGUACUGUU